AUGUCGGCAGCUCCACGCGAUCCGGAGCCGACGCCGGGAGGUCGACGGACUCCGGUACCGGACACCCCACGGCCUCUGUCCACCAUGGACUUUGUCCACGGGACGGACGACACCGUUAUUCCUCGCUCGCCAGAACAUCAGUCGCCCUCCCAUCCUGGAACCGACGACGAGGAAGACCAGCCCCGCGGGCAUGAAAUACCAGACCUGUUCUUCAAUACGCAAUCGCGCCGACCACAGCCCAAAUCUAAUCAAAACCAAGAUGUCUAUCAAGAUUUAUUUGCAGAAGACUCCCGCCACCAACCAGAGUAUGUGGAGUUCUUUUGUCCUCCAGAGGUCUUGCAUCCAGAAGAGGCUACACUUGCAGUGGACCAGCCUAAUGAAGAGGAACUAGACAGUGUGCAGGAAGCAGAGCCAGGUAUCCAAGUCCAUUUGAGAAAGUCAGAAUGCUCCAAUAAAGGUAUGCCACCUGACAGAUUUUCUUAUCAAGCCACAGAGGAAUUAAUUCUAAAACCCUCUGAUUGGAAAAGGAUCAAGGGACUGCCAAAGACAGAUUCUAAGAAGUCGGUGCAAGCUCCAAAAGCUUCCAUUCAGAUCAGCAUAGGCUGUGGAAUCAACAACAGCAUGUCUGCCGAUAGCAGCAAAGCUGUCCCUCCUAAACUCAAGAAACUGAAGAGCCUAAAUGCAGAAGUGGGUGCAAAGAUUUCUUUGAAGUGUGAGGCAAGCGCAGGGAAUCCCCAGCCAUCCUACAAGUGGUUCAAGGAUGGUAAAGAACUGAAAAAGAGCAAAGAUAUCAGGAUAAAAUAUGGAAAUGGAAAAAAAAAUUCUAGACUACAGUUCAAUAAAGUGAAAGUGGAAGAUGCAGGAGAAUACAGUUGUGAAGCAGAGAAUGUGCUGGGCAUGGACACUGUCAGAGGCACUCUCAGUGUAAGAACUGUAUCCACAACUCUGUCCUCUGGGCCUGGACACACUAGACAGUGCAAUGAAACAGUUAAGUCCUACUGUGUCAACGGUGGAGUUUGCUACUACGUCGAGGGCAUAAAUCAGCUGUCCUGCAGGUGUCCGAACGAAUUCACAGGGGACCAGUGUCAGAACUUCGCAAUGGCCAGCUUCUCCAAGCAUCUUGGAUUAGAAUUAAAGGAAGCUGAGGAGCUGUAUCAGAAGAGAGUUCUAACCAUUACUGGGAUUUGUGUUGCGUUGCUUGUGGUGGGAAUAGUGUGUGUGGUAGCUUAUUGUAAAACCAAAAAACAGAGAAAUCAAAUGCAUAAUCAUAUGCGACAAAAUAUGUGUGCAGCCCAUCAGAACAGGAACCUUGCCAAUGGUCCUAGCCAUCCCCGGCUGGACCCUGAGGAAAUUCAGAUGGCUGAUUAUAUGUCUAAAAAUGUUCCUGCUACUGAGCAUGUCAUACGAAGAGAAGCUGAGACCACCUUUUCAGGGAGCCAUUCCUGCUCACCAUCACAUCCCUGCUCAACAGGGACUCCAACUUCAAGCCAAAGACAUGAAAGCCACACUUGGAGCUUGGAACGAACAGAAAGCCUGACUUCAGAUUGUCAGUCUGGGAUUAUGUUAUCUUCAGUAGGAACCAGCAAGUGUAACAGUCCUGCCUGUGUGGAAGCUCGCGCUCGGCGGGAAGCAGCUUAUUCCCUUGAAGAGCAGAGGAGGCCAAUGAUGCAAUACAGAGACUCCGUGGAUUCUCUUCGAGACUCACCGCAUAGUGAAAGGUAUGUGUCUGCCUUGACCACCCCAGCACGCCUGUCGCCUGUUGACCUUCAUUACUCGGCCUCCACCCACAUGCCCACCUUUGAGAUCACCUCCCCCAACUCUGCUCAUGCAGUCUCACUGCCCCCGGCAGCAUCCAUUAGCUUCCAGGUGGAAGAGCAGCAGCCAUUGCUCAGAAGAUACCAGGUCCCCUUCCAGGAUAUACAGAGAUAUGAUAGUUACUACCAAAGAAGGAGCUACCUGAAUGAGAGCACAGGGAGCUUGCCCUCCAGUCCCUUCCGCAUCACAGAAGACGAUGAAUAUGAGACCACGCAUGAGUACAUCACUGCACUAGAACAUCCAAAGAGAACAGGCCACAACAACAGGCGAUGGAGGAAGUCUAAAUUGAAUGGGCACCUGUCACACAGGGGCAAAAUGCUCAGAGAUUCCUUUUCAGUGAGCAGUGCCUCAUACAGUGAAUCUGAUGAGGAGCUGGUAGCUGAGAGUACCCCCUUCUUAAGUAUGAGGAACGCUGAGGCAAUGGACCCAGAUUCUCCCCCUCUGUAUCGACUAGCUGACAGCAGGACUUACUAUUCCUUCGAUAGAUGCAGCACACAGGGAGACAACCGGCUCACACGGACCAGGCCCAACCAAGAUUCAGCACCACCUUAGAUGCCACACAGACUCUUCCUCAUGCCCACUCCCAUGAACACCCCAGGACUGAGGAGGCAGGGGGGACAAUAACAGAAAAGACAAAUUUUUAUUUUAUAUAAAAAAAGGAAAAAAAAUAUAACAAAAGAAAUGUUUUAUUUUCAUUUUAGCAAUGAUGUCUUAUAAUAGCUAAUGGCAAAGACCUUUUUCUAAGGAAUCUAUUUAUAUGUAACAUCUUGAUUUACAGCUUCUGAGAAAAGAAGAAAUCAACAAAAAAUAAAAAAUAAAAAAAAUAUUAAAAAGAGAUGGGCCAAUUUUUGACUACUUACAAAUCAUUGAGAAAUAUCGUGGUGCCUUUUGCUGUAUGCUAAUGCCAGAAUCCACACAGAAGAUUAUGUUGAAGCAUUUUUGAGAUCAUAGGCUUUAAGUUCAGGACAACCUGUUAUGGAAUAUUUUAAUGGGCACUUUUCCAUUUGAGCAACUCCCUUUUAAAUUGCUUGAUAUGGAUGUUGGUAAUCUAGUGCUUUUAAAGUAUCGAUGCUCACUACCCACACUUUAAUCUCUCUCUUCCCCCUCCCUUCCACCCCCAACACAUAUAGAAGACAUAUAUCUUACUAUUUGCAUAAGUACUUUUCCUUUUGAGGAAAAAAUGUACAAGUAAGCAAAAUUUAAGUCAUUUAAAAAAUUAAAUAGAAAGUUUUUUAAAAAGCACACAGUAGUAACAGCCCUUACAUGAUAUCUCUUGUCCUGAACAAUUUGUGAACAAGGGGAAAACAGAUGAAAGAAAUCAAACAUUUCAGAGGAAUGAGUUGCUUCAUAUUAGUUCCAGUAAAUGCUGUUGCUUCUUCACUGCUUGAGUGCUGUGAUUGGAGUCAAGUACUAGCUGUUCAUUAGUGACUCUGAGCAACCAUGGUGCAUUUUGUGGAACAAAAAAAUAUUGCAAUCCAGCAGCUGAUGCUGGCAUGAUCAUAAAGCAACUGUGGAUCCCACAAUGAAAGGUUCAGGACAUAAAAGGUGCCGUUGGUGAGGUGUGGACACUGCAUGUGUUUUUAAAGCCCCGGGUGAGGUAAAGGUCUCCAUAGUGUAUCACCAGUGAUCCCCUUUCCCUUCCUCCUCUGUCACAGAUAGAAUUGCCACUGGCAUGCUAGCUCCAAUCUCAACCUUCCUCCCAUGGAAAGCAACAUCGAAGGAAAAUGCCUUUGUGUGCAGCAUUGUGUAAAGAUGGUUGUUGUUGUAACAUUCUAGCGUUUCAUAAUGACUUUCUAUUUAUUAAAAUGAAAACACCAGUAAGCCACAAGGUCACUAGCUCUCUGAGGCAGCCUUCUGUGUACAGAUGGCAAGAAAAUUCCCAUGAAAGAGGGAGAGCGCUUCUUUCUGUUCCUUGUGGGGCCCUCCUGUUUCCAUCAUGGCCUGCCUCAUUCUUUUCCUCUUUUGACUUCUGCAUGUCCUUCGCAUUUCAGAUACUGUAGAUUGGAUGCAUGGAGAAGCUGUGACUGAGAAGAUAAAAAUACAAUUGCCAGUGUGUUUCAUUUAACUUUUAGCAAUAAAGUACUUUAAACCCUUUGUUCCUCACCCACAACAGGGUCCAAUAGAAACGCUGCUAAUUUGUCAUAAAGAUGAUUGUAAAAAAUUUGCUCUGGAUUGUCUGAAUGUCAGAACUCUUGACUGUUUAA